CGAUACGAGUACGCGAAGAAGAAAAUGGUACAACGCGGGAGGUGGUAGUAGUCAACGCCAAAAAAAAAAAAAAAAAAAAAAAGAGGAGAGGGACGAUGGAAUUGAAAUUGAGGGGGUAGGAUAGAGCGAAAGCGAAGACAGGUCACCAUCCGUCCUACGCGACUCUUUCAUUGAUUUAAUCUUCUUCUUUCUUUUUUCUCUUUUUUCUUUUUCCAUUUUUCUUCAAUCUCAAUUAAUUGCUCAAUCGGAGAGCCUUUCUCGGUUGAAGAUUUAGAUUUUACUCUUUUCACCAUAUUUCCAUACACACAUCGUACCUUUUAUAUAUAUUAUCCAUUUCAAAAAAAGGAGACAAGUGGUGAUCGAUCGGACGGAAUAUGGUUAAGGAGACGGAAUACUACGACGUGCUUGGGGUUAGCCCCACCGCCACUGAGGCUGAGAUCAAGAAAGCUUAUUACAUCAAGGCAAGACAGGUUCAUCCAGAUAAAAAUCCUAAUGAUCCUCUUGCUGCACAAAAUUUUCAGGUGUUGGGAGAGGCAUACCAAGUAUUAAGUGAUCCUGCCCAACGGCAAGCAUACGAUGCUUAUGGGAAAUCUGGAAUCUCAACUGAAGCAAUCAUUGAUCCUGCAGCAAUUUUCGCAAUGCUUUUUGGUAGUGAGCUUUUUGAGGACUAUAUAGGACAGCUUGCAAUGGCAUCAAUGGCCUCAUUAGACAUUUUCACAGAGGGAGAACAGUUUGAUACUAAAAAGUUGCAAGAGAAAAUGAGGGUUGUUCAGAAGGAGAGAGAAGAAAAGCUUGCUCGGAUAUUAAAAAAUCGACUCAACCAGUAUGUUCAGAAUAAGGAGGAGUUUAUUAACCAUGCUGAAGCUGAAGUAACUAGACUCUCAAAUGCAGCAUAUGGUGUUGAUAUGUUGAAUACAAUUGGAUAUAUCUAUGUAAGACAAGCAGCUAAAGAGCUUGGAAAGAAAGCGAUAUAUCUCGGUGUGCCAUUUAUUGCCGAGUGGUUUAGAAACAAAGGCCACUUCAUUAAAUCCCAAGUAACUGCAGCAACAGGUGCCAUUGCCCUGAUACAGCUGCAGGAGGACAUGAAGAAGCAGCUUAGUGCAGAGGGAAACUAUACUGAGGAGGAACUUGAAGAAUACAUGCAAUCCCACAAGAAGUUGAUGAUUGACUCCUUGUGGAAGCUUAAUGUUGCUGAUAUCGAGGCUACCCUUUCCCGUGUUUGUCAAAUGGUUCUUCAAGAUAACAGUGUUAAGAAAGAAGAGCUUCGUGCACGAGCUAAGGGGCUGAAAACUCUUGGUAAAAUCUUCCAGAGGGUGAAGUCAUCUAACGGAAGCGAGAGCGAUACUAUGCUAGGUGGUGCUCUACAUAAAUUGAAUGGAAGUGCACCAGGUCAUGAUACUUCUUCUCCCAGCACAUCACCAAAAUCUAGAAAUCUUGAAGAGCCAUCUUAUAGGACAUUGACAUCACAGAGCCCGUAUGUGGAGGCCCCACAUUUUGCUGGUACCCAGUUUGACAAUUUCCCAAGGCCAACAGCACCGCCUGGUGCACCUAAACAUUCUUCAACAGGCGGUGAAUGAAGAUGGAAAAGCAUCUAUAUGUUGCUUGAAAGCUUGUAUACAUGUUCUGUUGUGCGUCAUGGAAGGAUGUUGAAAUUUUAUUUGUCGAAUGGGUUUGUUCGAGUUGAUGAUCUCGAAAACACAUCCGACCUCCAUGUAAGCAGGGCCCGACCGACGAAUGUAUGAAAGACAGCUAUUUAUACAUAGAGAGAGAUUGUUGUAAUAUUUUUAUUUUUAUUUUUUGCUUUUUCCAGUCACUGGAUGGCUGCUGUUGCUUCCUUUGUAUUAUGCUGUAGUUUGUUUUGGGUUGAUGUAAGAUUGGGGUUCAGGUUUUUGGUUUAGUUAUUUGUUAUUUGGGGAUCAAUGUGUAAUUGCAUCAUAUUUAAGGAGACAAGGGUAGACACAAUUAGUUGUGGUA